AAGUUGCAUUGAGGCAUCAGCAAAACAGAUAAAUACAAGACACAUUAAAGUUUGAUUUAACACUUUGAUUGAAGGUUUAACUUUGAAUUGAUCAAGUUGAUUGUUGAUUCUGUUAAUAUUGUUCAUGUGAAAAGUUUCAGCGAAAUCAAAAUGAAUUCAAGUCUAUUAUCAUCUUCAUCAAUUGUUUCUCAUUCGACCAUAAAGUAUAAAGUGCUACUGAUUAUCUUGAUAACAAUUAACUUGGUCACAAGUCAAGAUAAUCAAAGUAAUCGCCAUAAAAAUGGAGUUGACAAAGUGAUUCGGGAUAAAAGAUCAUUCGAUCUAUUCAACCAAAAUUCAUUCGAUCCGUUUAAUCUUGAAGAUUUAUUCGCAUCCAAACCCCUUAAAAGAGCAGCAAUGGGAGUCGACUUGCCCGAUUAUAUCCUUCAUUAUCGAAGCACUUUGCCCAAUUAUGGAGAUUUUCGGGAAAAAAUGCAGAAAAGUGGUAAAUAAUUUAUCCAUUAAAUCAAAUUCCUUACCAAUUGAAUUGUUAGAUUACUAAAAUUAUAUUCAAUUUCACUCAAUGUUAAAUGAAUCAUUUUCGGUUUU